GUGACUUCCAUGUCCAGUGUUCCGGCUCCACCACACAGACGUUUCACGACCUGACAACACAAGGGGCGGGGCCCAUCACAUGUUUUGCCGCCAAUAGCACCACCCAAUCAAUAUGUUUCGAUAUGGACGACUCAUUGGUGUAUUCUAUCGACAACCCAAAUCCUGGGCCCUUCAACAUCACCUACAAUGCUCUUGGGGACAGUUUCUGUCUGUAUGCUGACUCCGCUAUGGUGCAGGGAGGCACGCAUUGUUUUCGACUUUGGGCUACGGAAGCAGACGACCUUCUGUACCGUCCGUGGCGUAACGCUAGUCAUGACCACUGUGUGGUGUUCAACAAACCGCCAGUAUUACUUGGGGAGCCAUACUCGGUGACGGUUGACGUAACCGACCUCAGACGGGGUCUUGCUUUACUGGACCUAAACUACACAGACAAUUUUGUUUUCCCAAAUGUCGAGUUCUUCGUCUCUG